CCUUUACUUCUAGUGUCUGAAUCCCUGUUCAACUUUUAUUUACUUUUUCUUUCUUUUCUUUUUUAUUUAAACAUUUUGGUUUGGAGGGGGCUGAUGCUUAUUUUAGUUGUAUAUUUUAGAAAAAUAUCACGACUAUUGUUUGGCAGAUAUGAUUUUUUUUUUUUUUUUUUUUUUUUUUUUUUUUUUUUUUGGUUAUCCUGAUACAAGUGGGACUAAUGGUGGAAACCGAGAAAUAUGAAAAUUUGUUAGCAGCAUUUUAAGAAACCAUCAAUAUGUCAAUAUAUAUAAUACAUUAAUCAUACAUUUGUCUUUUUUUUAAUGGUCUUUGUGUUGUAAAAGAAUCCGUAUUGGCAGUGUGACUAGUUGUGAUUGUGCAUCAAUUAUGAGAGUAUUUUAGAUGAUCGCGAUUUUUUACUGUUGCUGAAUUCAUCCCCAGAGGGUGGAGGCUGCAAAAUGGAUAUUCAUCUAAUGGAUGCACAUGAACUUUUUAAUUUUAUUCAUAUUGAUACUUAGGAUGAACUUUCAGAUAUGGAGAUGGAAGCAUUAGAAUCUGUCAUUUAUUAAAACUGUAGAAAUAGAGAGAGAGAGAGAGAGAGAGAGAUUAUUGGAUGCAUUUGCCCUCAAUUAGUCUAUGAAGCACGAACACAGACAAGGACAUGACAUGGGUACUUAAGGUAGGUAAUGAGCUAUGUUGCCUUCAGCUACCGGUGGCUGGCCUGUAGACCUUUCAAAACAUGCGUACUCUGAAGAAACUAAAUUAGAUCUUCUAUUGGUUGAACGUAUCACAAAGUUGGGCUUUGAAUGCAAUGGGACGUGUAAGAUGGAAUGAAGCUAAUCUUGUUGAAAAUGAGGAAAAUAAACCUGUACGGCAAAAGAUUUCUGAACCCAAGACACCAUUUCAUCAAAUGAUCGAGGAAGAUGAUACACCAUCCCCUAUACCAGAAUCUGUUGCAAGCGUUGGUUAUGCUGAACAUGCCGAAGCUAUAAGAAAUGCUUUAAAUGUGGUUUCGACUCAAAAGCAUUCUGCACCUUUAGAGGGAUCUGUAUCAUCAUCAUCUGAGGAUGACGCUGAUGCCAUGGAACAAGAUGAAGGUUCUGUAAAGAUUAAUCGAGACAUGAGCUUUAAUAGUCACAGGAAAGCACAUUAUGACGAAUUCUUGAGGGUGAAAGAGCUUAAGCAAAAGGGAUAUUUUGAGGAUGAAGAUUAUGAGGAUCAUAAUGCAAGGAAGCAUAAUUCACCUUCAUUGCUUAGCGAUGGGGUGAGAGCAAUACAAAUUGAUGACAAUGGGGUGAGAACAAUACACAUUGAUGGGGAUGAUGAGAUUCUGCGAACAAUAGACAUUCAGGAAGAUGCUGAGAGUCUGCCUCGAACAAUAGACAUUCAUGAAGAUGCCGAGAGUCUGCCUCAAGGACAAUUUCUUCCACAUAAGAGAACUUAGAACCUGGAAUGCGAAGCUGACUGGAAAGAAGUUUUCAUAUUAGAUGAUAUUGUUUGCAUGUGUUCUAUAGUUGAAAUACAAUAUGUUAUGAACUUUGGACUUGUUCUUUUUUUAUAACCAAAAAGAAAAAAAGACUUUCAACAUAACUUAAAGGGAAAGAUUUGCUGAAUGAUAAGUACUUGUUAUUAACUUUGAACAACUCUAGAAUUCUUAAGCAUUCUAAAUGAAAUCAUUCACAUUUCACACCCUUUA